UAAAAAUAAAAAAAAUAUUUUUAAUACAUUUCUUUAACUUUUAAUAAUCAAGAGACCCAACAUUUAUCGGAUAGCGCUGUUCGGCAGUGCUGAUCGUAACGGCUGCCGCGCACAAGGUAAGGAGAGGAAAAGAAACGUAUACUAUGAAAUAAUUUCGAGCUUUGAUGUACACAAUCGUAUAUAAAUGACACAAGUGAUGUUUCUAAACCCAGAUACCAGUACGUGUUAAAUUCGCGAUCUUCUAAGAUACAUGAGUGUUAUAACAUAAUAGAUAUAUAGUAAAUAAUUUUACAUACAAAAAACGUUAAUUAUACACUUUCAAGUAUUUAAAAUAGGAAAACGCGAAAAACAAUAUGUUUUUUAUUUCGAAAUUAGUGUUAAUAAUAAUUUUAUUAAUUGAAACGUAUGCAAAUAUCACGCAAGAUGUCGAAAAAAUAUUGCUACCGGAAUGGAAUCCGAGAAGCGCAGAUGAGAUACCAUUGACUCUGAAUGUUUUUGGAAAAGAAAUUCAAUUAAAACUACGUAGAAACGAACAGAUAGUAUCGUCUAUGUUUAAAGUAUGGAAACAUGACACAAUAAACAUCACAGAAAAGCUGUUGCAAAUAAACGCAUCGGAUCCUUGCUAUUAUCUCCACAAAGAUCAUAUCAGCACUGCGGCCAUAAACUUUUGUCAGGAACAUGGAUGGGAAGGAAUCGUCUAUCUGAAAGACGACAUUUUGGAAAUUAGACCUUUGCGGGAUGACUUUGCGUCUUUGUCCUCAAUCGGUGAUGUUUGCGUUAAAGAUGAAAUUAAUAUUUCAUUUGGCAAACCUCAUCUUAUUAAAAGAUCAUUGCAAUUAUCUGCUGAUUCAAGUUUUCAUAAUUUCGAUAAUUUUAAAAUGAAACGACGUCAUAUACGAAAUACGCUAAGAAAAUUAACUAUAGAAUUAGCUGUUUUCAUUGACGAAAAAACAUAUCGUAAAUUUUUGUCUUUUUUCGACGAAGAUAAGAAACUGUUGCGUAGUAUGAUAUUAGCGUAUGUGAAUCGUAUUCAAGCUAUGUUCCAACAUUCGAGUUUGGGUGUUUCUUUCGAUAUUUCAUUGGUGUGUUUGGAAAUUGUGAAAAAACGAUCGCUAUAUUUGCCAGUUAAAUACAACGUUUAUAGUCUGCUCGACUCGUUCUGCCAAUACGCAGCAGCUCGCAAUCCUUCAGACGACGAUGAUCCACGUCACUGGGACAUAGGUCUUUAUCUAACCGAAUUAGAUUAUUCGAUGACUGCAUACGGCUUUGGAUAUUCCUACACAGAUGGCAUGUGCCAACCAAAUAUAUCGUGCGCAAUAAUAAAUUUCAGUAUUACACCUGGGCUAUCGUUGGGUUUUAUAUCGUCCCUUAUUGCUGCUCAUGAGAUCGGCCAUGUCUUAGGAAUGCUAGACAAUUCACUAGCGGAUGAAAAAACGGAAUACGUAAUGCCACCCCAAUGCGACCCUUACCUACCCCACUCUUACGGACAGCCAACAUGGUCCGAGUGUAACCGUGAUACAAUUGAAAAACUCUGGAAUGAACUCGGAAAAGAACACGGGAAAAACUGUCUUCGAGAUCGUACGACACCGGAGAAACUCGAACGAUACGACCAUUCGCGUUAUCAUAAUUUGCCCGGAAAAGAAUGGACCGCCAAAGCACAAUGCGAACUUUAUUUUGGCGACAAAAAUGCGAACGUAGUCUCGUUGCAUGAUGUAUGUAAAAUGUUACAAUGUGAAACGUCUCACAAGGAUGAGUCUACAUUCACGGGACCAGCGUUAGAAGGAACUUAUUGCGCAGUAGGAAAGGAAUGUCGCGGAGGAGAAUGCGUGCCCGUUCUCGAACCGCCAUAUAUUCUCAGUUAUUGUGAUGUUGAUAACUGGAGUAAAUGGAAAAUAAGUACUUGUAAAAGUAAUUGCUUAAAGGAUUCUAAAGGCGUAAGACACAAACGACGUUUUUGCAAACAUGGGAGUCGCAGAACGGCCAGUUGCGGAGAACCAUAUUACGACAUGAUUUUGUGCGAUGACUCGAAAUUGUGCAAUUUUGAAAAUCGCACGACAAUCUCCGAGUUUGCUCUUGCGAAAUGCAUUGAAUUCAACAAUGUUAUAAAGCAUUUAAAAUUUAAUAUCAAAGAGGAAUUGGAAAUGGAACCGGGAUUUCAGAACUAUUAUAAUGUCAAUGAACCGUGGUUAGCCUGUACUAUCCACUGUAAACGAAAAAAUUUAUAUUCUUUCUACGCACCACGCUUUGAAAUGCUCAGCGUUGGUAUCGACCCAUAUUUUCCAGAUGGAACGCUUUGUCAUUAUGAAAAUAGCAAGAGAUAUUACUGCCGCCAACAUUAUUGUCUGCCUGAAAGCUAUGAUAAAGAAUAAUUGUUAAAAGAUUAUCGACGUGUGAACGGAGAUCGAAAAUGCAGAAAAUUAUGAAGAGCGCGUAAAUCAGUCUAGAAUUGUUGGACAAUUUGUUUGGUAACAAAUAUUCGAUCGGAUAAUAUGUCGUUGUUAACAUCCGUUUCGCGUAUUAUUCAUACCGUGCUUAAUAAAGACAAAUAAACGAAGAAUUACGUCGAUUAUCAGCAUUUAAAACUAAUUUUGUCGAUUAGACUUAGAAAAAAAUAGACAAGAUAAUAGGUUAUAUUUGACAUGUUUAUAAAACGGGAAAAUUAAUAGAUAAAUAAAGUAAAGAUACUUUUAUUUUGUAUAACACAAUGUGUCGAAAAAAGAUGAACGAGAACUACAAGUAACAUAUUAUUUUAUGUACUCCAAUAGUUUAUCAAUGUUUCAGUAAUAUUUAUAUAGAAACAAUUAAUAAGCGAAAAAAAUAAAAAGAGUUUAUUACGUAAUUAAAAAAUAUUCAAUAUUAUUUAGUAAAAAUAGUUAUUUAUUUAUUGAACUCAUAAGCUCCAUAACCGAAUAUGGCACGAUGUUAGAAACGGAUAAAUUGCAAUAUAUUUCUAUCUUUUUGCUAGAUAAAUGGCUCAUGUAUCUCCCAGUUAUCUCGCGUGAUAAUAGAAUUUGGAAGUAUUCAGUUUGAGAUCCGUUUCAGAUUUAGGCUGUGUUUCAAAAUUCACUGCCAG